AUGGGGACGUCGUCCUACUCCUACUCGUACCAGUACGAGUACGGCGGCCCGGGGGCGGGGGCGGGGGCGGGGGAGGAGGUGAAGCGGAGCAAGUCGAAGCGGCGGUGGCUGGCGCUGGCGGACCCGGACUUGGAUCGCAAGCGCCGGGUGGCGGCGUACAAGGCGUACGGCGUGGAGGGCAAGGUGAAGGGCUCCUUCCGCAAGAGCUUCAAGUGGAUCAAGGACCGCUACUUCAACCUCGUCUACGGAUGGUCCUGA